UAACCUAAUAAUGUAUCGCUUUCUAUACUAUUGUGCGCAGAAAAUACAACUGAAAAACAAUUUUCUAUCGAAAUUGAGCAAUGAAAUAAAUUUUGCGCAAGUAAAUUAUAAACAAUUUUGUUCCAGAAGUUCCGAUUAUAAUAUUUCCAAGGAACUUAAAUAUGAAAAAUUCGAAGACAAAAUCUCUCCACAAAUUUUUGAUAUUGAAGAGGAACGUAGAAGAAAAGAAAUGGAAGAGCAUGAAGACGACAAAGAACUACAUGACAUUACAAACAAUGUUCUUAAAAGAGGAGUAUCUGGAGUAUUCGAUAUAGACGAAUUAGUAGAAGUUAUUAGACUAAAUAAGGGACAAGAUUUAUGUGUUAUAGCAGUACCAAAAUCAAUGAAAUACAUAGAUUACAUGUGCUCUGUUACAUGCAGAAAUACAAAACAUAUGUUGGGUAUUGCGGAGUUUAUUAGAAAGAUUUAUAAAAAGAAAAGAUCGAAGGAUGAUCCAAUACCAAAGAUUGAGGGAGCUAAUUCUAAAGAAUGGAUUGCCCUGGAUUUAGGAAAUAUAGCUGUUCAUUUAUUUCUGAAGAAAGUACGACAGAAAUAUGAUAUUGAUAUGCUGUGGUCUGUUGGCCCUGAAUAUGAUACAGAAACGAACAAGCCUGAAGAAACAAUUACUGAGUUAUUACAAAGCCAUUCAGAAUUUUUAGAUAAAUUGAUACCUAAAGAACAAUAAUAUAAAAUAUACAUA